AUGGGCAACACAGACUCUCGCUUGGGUGCUCUGUAUCGGGACCAUGUGUUCAAGCUGGCUCGAGCAGAACCCGCUGUCGGCGGAGCAGCAGCGAAGGCGGGAAGCAGAAGUGCCGCCAUCCCGCUGUUUCGUUCGGACGUGGACGAAACGCAGCUGAUGGCAGCUUAUUUGAAUCGAGAGCCCCGGCAGCAGCAUGCGGACAACAUGUUUGAACAAUUUUACCUGGACUUCAUCUCGGCGGGUAAUGGGCUGACUAUGGAAUUGCUUAACUCGAAGAUCUCGCCGCUCGACCUGCAGUACAUUGUCGGGGCGAAUCGGGGGAAUUUCGCUAAUUUGCUGCGGUUUGUGUCGCUCAAGAUCGUUUUCAUAGCCAAUGGGGGCCGGGAAUCGCUCAAUACCGAGGAGUUGGAGGCGCAACUGGUGCAAUUGCUUGUAUGUGUAAGGAUCCUGACCAAGAUAAUGCCCUGGUACUUGGCCGGUGAGGGCGACAAAAAGAUGAAACGCUCAUUGGACAUCUUUUGGACCAGAGAUGGUGAUCAGAUCUUCGGCAUACCGCUUGCUGGGGAGACUGAUUUGCCACCGUUGGGAUUACUCCUGGUACGCUCGCUCGUGAGGCUGCUUUUCAUUGAAGGCUUUACCAUCACCGUGCGAAGUUCACCAGGGUGCCUGACGCACUUUCUGUGGGAGAACGGCAUCAGCACUCAGGAUUUCACAUAUCAUCAUCAGAGCCCCAGAAUAGAUUCAAAUCGCUUGGAGAUAAUGAACGCCUUGUUAUCUAUUUGCUCCUCGGAUCUAUACCAGCCCAAAGAUUUCAUAAGUGAAAAGCAUCCCACCAUCAAUAGGUUUCUGUUUUGUCUGACCACUUUGACUCCCGAGUACGACUUAAUCUGUUUUGUCGCAUCACUCAUAAAUCUCAUUUGUCGAUUUUGUUCCAAUCAUGAGGAUGAAACCAAAGUCCCGUAUCAAGAAUUGGGCUACAAGCAAAAUCACCAGCAGCAUUUACCUCACCUUAGAGCAUCAUUGGUCCUAUCCGGUUUGCAAAUGUUGAAUUUGAUGUGUUUCAAUAAUUGGAACCGUAACGAGACUUUUGAAUUCGCUUUGCAUUUAAAGCUGCAAUCUUCAAAUGACGUGCAAAAUCCUCUGCCUAACAUCUGCUUAUCGUAUUUGUCCACUUUUAAUAGGGAAUUCGAUCUGAAAUUGAUCCUAACCUCGUUUGCCAAGACAUUCAAAUUGCCGAUCGAACUGGCCAUCGAACAGGAAUCGAACCCUUUGAGCUUCCUUUCCAAGAGGCCGCCAUCAUCAAGUUUAAUUAACUCCAAUUAUAAUAAUAAUGAUUCUGCGAGUGCGAACAACAAUUCUAACACUGAAACAGGUAACGAAGCGAACGACAGCAUGGGACUACCACCAGUUUCGCCAUUGUUGCUCCAAUGGCUGGUUCUCUUCACUAAGCUCAUUCAGACGAACAAAUUCUUCGAGAACUAUGUUGCAGAUAAGUUCGCUUGCAAGAUCAUAGUCUUUUCUGUUUACUAUAUCAGCUUUUAUCGUGACAAUCCCGAGGCAUCACCCGCUUUGAUCCCAUUAUGCUCAAACUUAGCUUUGUUACUCUCUUCAAGGAAACUGGUUUUGGCCAAGACGCUGGACAAACUUACACCAAACUAUUAUACAAACAAGAUUCCAAAUUUUUUCAAAUUAUCGAGUGGGAAUAUUAAUAAUAUCACCUAUCGGGAUUUUACACUGAUUCAUCUUUGCCAUUUGGCUAUCGGUGAUGUUAGAGACAAUAACCAGCCGCGCCCAUGGUUGUUCGAAUUGAUUUAUAAUCUCUUACCUAUCCCAUCGAAUCUGAAGGACGAAGAUUUGAUCCAGCUCUCCUUUAAGAGGCAAUCAAAAGCUUUGAGACACGGUGGCUUAAGUUACAACGCUUCGAUGGCACUCUUGCAGUUGAUCUCAAAGAUGUCAAACAAAAAAUAUCUAAGCACAUUUUCCACUAAUGGUAGAUCAACUAGAAGCUUCAUAGCUUCUCCGGGCUUCAAAUUGGACCUUUUGGCACUAUUACUGAGGGCAAUCAUAAUAUACAUCGUCGUCUAUUAUAACGAGGCCCUAAAUCUGAUCUUUGUCAUCUGCCGACAUCAAAGAGUUUUUCUGCAGUUGAGAGAUACCAUCGAUACCAUUUCGAAAGCUUUGGAAGGGAACGGAAUUAUUGAGGGCCUUGGUAAGGUUCAACUGCAAGACUACCUGGAGUAUACUUUGAAUCCGCGCUUACUCAGAGAUGAUCUGGCUUCCGAAGACAGGGACACAUGCAAUACUUCGAGCACGGAGGAAUUUAACAGUCAAAACAUCAAAUUCACGAAAAAUCUGCUAGGUCAAGAUGAUACCGACGAGUUUGAAAGCAAUGAGAGCGAUGACGAAACAGAUGAUGACGAUACUACUAUGCGGAUUAAAAAAGACCAGGACUUGGAUCAAGACGCCCUGAGUCUCGCGAAAGUACAAAGUGCUGCGAAAAAUACUGAAAUUUAUGAACAAGCAGAUAUAACUGAUUACUGUGCAUUGUCGAACAAAGCAUUGUUCAAGGCAUUAAGGCCUCAAUGGCCCGUUGGACUUACGUCUAAGGCAAAAGCAAAAUCUAGCGCUACCAAUGCACUCAGUACUACUUGGACUGGUGCAGAGACUCUGCAAACGAUGACGAGAAUCAUUCGAAUUAUAUUGCGUGAUUAUCCUGAGAUCGCAACAAUAACGAGUUCUGAUUAUUAUAAACUCAUUGGCGAUAUUUCUAUUUUCAAGGAUAAAUUUAAGAAUGCGGUUCAAAAAUCACUGCCUGUUGUCAUUCGUGAGAUGAAUGAAGCGGAACCCAUGCGAAUUGAUUUGACAGAAGGAAAUUUAGUCUAUCAACAAUGGCUUCAUGACAUCAUUUGGUCAGAUAUAUUCAAUACCCACUCAGCCCCAUAUUCUAUCUCUCAAGCUAGUGGGAUUUCACUAGGAGCAAACGGCCACAACAUUGUCAAGGAGUCCGCUAUCGAACCAAUAUCACCAACAAUGCCCAAGUUGGAGAGAUGGAAUUCUAAUGGGUCAGCUAUUUCACGAACUAACAGUAAUAAUAGCUCAUUGCUGAGUUAUUUCUCCAAUCAGAAUCAUGACAUAGCAACGAAUUCACCUUUAGAGUUGACUAAUAAUUUACAUGCUUCCAAUAAGCCUUUGGACGGUGCACGAAGUAAGAAUAUGCCGACCAACAAUGGCCAUUCGUUCUUUAGAUUUUCAUGGACAGGAUUCAAUAAAAACGAGGAGUGUAGUCCCAUUAAAGAAGAGGAAUAUUGUGACGGUAAGAAGUAUGGGGUUAACAACAGUAGGCGUCCCGCUUUCAAUUUAGAUCCAGGUAUUUUAAAACCUAACAUUUGGGCUGGUACCCAAAUUCAACUUUUCAAGACCAGGCGUCAAGAAAAGGAAGGGUUCUCGCUUCUCGAUAUGACAUCCUCACUUUUCAGACGUCUAAAAUUUGGUAGCACCACAAGCGUCAGUUCAUUAGAUACUAUCAACACUAAUCCGAACAAUUACGCUACUAACUCCAACAAUCUCACCCCAGUCUCGUCAAGACCUUGGACUCCGAGAGACUCUUUGAACAGUAAAUAA